GAAGGCAGGGAGGGGGUCGGUGCCUCCCGCUGCCCCAUGGCCCUCGCUGAGGGGGCGGCCGUGCCCUACGCCGUGGAGCUGGGGCUCACCGUGCUCCACACGGCGCUCUACGCCGCGCUCUUCCUCUUCGCCUACCUGCAGCUCUGGCUGCUGCUCUACUACCGCGAGCGGCGGCUGAGUUACCACACGCUCUGCCUCUUCCUCUGCCUGCUCUGGGCAGCCCUCAGGACCACCCUGUUCUCCUUCUACCUGCAGAAUUCCCUGCAGGCCCUCCGCCUCCAGCAGCCCUUCGCCCACUGGCUCCUGUAUUGCCUGCCCGGCUGCCUCCUCUUCUCCAGCCUCUGCCUCCUCAACCUCUAUUUCGCCGAGGUCAUAUUCAAAGUGAAAUGUGCAGCUGAAUUCAACAAGUACAAGGUCCUGUUGUACCUGGGCUCCAUCCUCACCAGCCUCCUGUUCCUCGUUGUGAAUUUAACCUGUGCAAUGCUGAUCCACGGCGAGGUCCCGGAGAAGGAGCUGAGGUGGACGGUCCUGGCCCGGGCUCUGGUCAACGACAGCCUCUUCAUCCUCUGUGCCAUCUCCCUGGCCUGCUGCAUGUGCAAACUGGGAAAGAUGUCUUCAGCCAACGUCUACCUCGAGUCCAAGGGAACAUCUGUCUGCCAGGCUAUUCUGGUGGGAUCUGUAGUGGCCCUCCUGUAUUCCUCAAGGGCUUGCUAUAACCUGGUAGCUGUGGCCAUAUCUCCAGACAAUGUUCCUGGUCCUUUUAACUAUGGCUGGGACAACCUUUCAGACAAGGUGCACGUGGAGGUGAGCAGCGAGGAGUACGUGGUGUUUGGAGUGGUCCUGUUCCUCUGGGAGCUGGUGCCAACCACUUUCGUGGUGCUGUUCUUCCGCGCUCAGAGACUGAGCCAGAACCUGACUCCAGCAGGGAUGGUCAACAGCCACAGCUACAGCUCCAGGGCCUAUUUCUUUGACAAUCCCAGACGCUACGACAGCGACGAUGACUUGUCACGGCUCGGGGCCAGGGAAGGAGGCUUGGCCACCCCUCAGUGCUCGGGCUGCUACGGUUCCCUGGCUGGCACCGACAGCGGGAGCGCCGCGGACAGCGCGCCCUUGCUCUGCGCCGCUGGCGGCUCGGAGAUCAACCACCACAGCUCCCACCCUGCCCCACAGAACUGAGGAGGCUCCCUCUCUUCCCAGAGUGGCGCUCAUGUAUAGGAUUGCAACCUGGUUUUCCUCUUUUCCUCCUCUCCCCCCGAAGCAUCUAACUCAUGACACAAACAUUCCACUACCUGCCGCAGCUGCGCGCGGGACUCAGCCCGGGGCUGCAGGCAGUUAAGUCAGAGAACUGUGACUUUAAGGUACCAUGUAGCAAAGUGAAGCUGAACUCUCUGGAAGCUUUUUUUUUUUUUUUUUCCUUGGUCUGGUCUUCAAGAUGUUGGCAGCUAAAUGCACCAGAGCUUCCUCACUAGAAAAGAAACAUCAAAUGCAUAUUUGCACUUUUAUCUGCACACUUGGAAGGAACGAAUCUCACUCGGGCUGUGCUUGGCCUGAGACUGUUCUAGUUACUGUUUUAAUUGCACAUCCAGAGCUGGGAGAGGCACUGUCUUCUGCAAAGACGUGUUCCCUGAAGGACUCUGCAUCCUGCCUCCCUGGGAGCGGGGAGCUCUGUCCGGGCAGGGCCCCUGGCGCUGGAUGCUCGAGUUUACUGUGCCAUAUUCCCACCUGGCAGGGCUGGGUGAGGCCUCGGGGCUCGGGGGGUCUUGUCCUGCCUGCUGUUCCCACCUGGCUGCUGGCCUGUCCUACCUGGGCCUGUGGCUCAGAGCUGAGUGAGGUCAGUGUUGCUGCUGGCCUCGUGAUGACCCCGCUGGCCCAUGGCAGAGGGACAGGGCUGGCCUUUCCCUGCAGGGAGAGGCUGGAGCUGGCUCAGCAGAAGUGUGUGUGCAGGAACGUGUGUGAAUCCAGGGCUGCUGCACCCCCUGGGUGCUGGGAGCAGCCCUGCUCCCCCUCCUCCUUGCCCACAGUGGGGCUCCCCUCGUCCCCCUCAGUAUUAAAUUGCAUUUAGCAGAUAA